UUAAAAAACCUAAGUCAUCUGCUAAAUGUUUGCACAGUUCGGUAACUCGAAGAAAUGAAAAGAAGGUAGGUGGGCGGCGCAGUGAAGUGUCCACAAGCGUGCCACUUGGACGAAGAAAAGAAGGGAGAGCGAAAUGAAAUAGCGGUGCAGCCAAACAAGAGCGCCAGUCUAAAACUCAGUCAACUCAUUUGGAUUAACUCGAAACACCGAAGUAGCUGCAGUGACUCAAAUUAGAAUCAGAGGAGAGUUAACAUCUUUCUGGAAAGAACGCCUUCUUCGGUUGGUCAAAAGUGUUGUUCUUAACGUACAUUUUCCAUUAGGGUGGUUAAGCGACUUUCGUGUGGAUAAUUCUCAUUAAAACAUUUUAAUUAACAAGACGAAUACCGUAAAGCAGCAACCCUUACUGUUAUUUUCGUUUACAUGAUCUUUACAGCGUGAUGGGGAAAAAAUGUCCUUUUUAUAAUUAAUUGCAAAUCCAAAAACUGGAAUUCUACAAGACGCAGAUGAAAUUCUUCCAAAUGCCGACGCCUUGUCCACGGACUCGCGCACUUUUAGUUUCUUUCAUUUCUCAUCUUCAUCAGUUCCUGGCUAAAUUACAGCUUGAAUAACUUAGCUUUUAAUGUAUAUUGGCUGUAAUUUAGUUUUAGUAGGACUGUAGAUUGCGAUUUUUAAAAAAAAAUGAUGUUCCUGAUACUCAUCGGAUUCUUUACAAAGUUGGAUGUAUUUUAUUCAAAAUGUACGUCUGCCGAAUUCCUAAUUCCCAAGGGUUAUUAGAAGGCGUUUUCUUAUUGGACUCAACAACCUUGAAUUUCUGUUUAAAUAUCGAAACUGAAGAAGAUUAAUUCAAAUUAAAGAAAGGAUAUUUUUGUUUUCACAUUCUGCUACACCGCCUGCAUUGCAGGGGGAUGUAGCACCCCACGGAGCUGCCCCUUCUAUUUAACGGGGAUGUGCAAACUGGCAGCAGGACGAGCGCGUCUCCUAAAAAGCACCGACUUGUGAGCCGUCCAGGAGGACCGUGAGAACUCGGAGCCGAGCCAAGUCAAGCCAUGCAGCUCUUCAGAAACCAAGCGUACCAAAUCAACCCCGUGAAGGAGCCUGAGGAGAUGGACGUCCGAGGCAUUAGCUGGACGCCACUUUCAGAAAGCUGGGACCCUGCUGACAUUAUGAAAAAGAUUUCAUCAGAGAGGGUUCUGAGGGCCAGCAGAGUGUUAUAUAGUGCCAUACUGGAGCGGGCACCAUGGCUCAUCCGAGAUCAAAAAUACCACCUCAAGACUUAUAGGCAGUGUGCAAAUGGGAAACAACUUGUGGAUUUUAUAAUAAAGGCGAAUCCUUCAAUACAAGUGCGGAACCAAGCUGUCGGAGUGUGGCAGGUGUUGGUGGACGAGGGACUCCUUGUUCAUGUAAGGCAAGAACUAAAUUUCCAGGAUAAGGACAUGCAGUUUUACCGUUUCCUGGAGGCAAGUUAUGGGGCCGAAUCUCUUUCCAAUUCCAAUGAGAAGGACACGGAGGAGGAUUUACAGGAGGCCUUGUCGCUCUUGAACCAGCUGGGCCCAGAUGCUCUGCUCACCAUGGCUUUGCGGAAACUGCCGUGUCAGAGGAGCCCUGAAGAUCUGGAAGUGAUCUACGAGGAGCUACUUCAUAGCAAGGCCGUGGCACACCUUUCCAGCUCGGUGAGGCGGGAGCUCGCAGCAGUCCUCAUUUUUGAGUCCCAUGCCAAAGCUGGAACUGUCUUGUUCAGCCAGGGAGACAAAGGAACAUCAUGGUACAUCAUCUGGAAAGGUUCUGUGAAUGUGGUCACACAUGGGAAGGGGCUGGUGACGACACUUCAUGAAGGUGAUGAUUUUGGACAGCUGGCACUUGUUAAUGAUUCACCACGGACUGCCUCCAUCAUCCUGCGCGAGGAUAACUGCCACUUCCUUCGUGUUGAUAAGAAUGACUUCAACCGCAUCCUCAAGGAUGUGGAGGCCAACACGGUGCGCCUGGAGGAACAUGCCAAGGUGGUUCUAGUUCUAGAGAAGUGUCCACGGGUUGGACCGAACAGUCAGGGAAGUGGUCAAAAAUACACUGUGAUGUCAGGAACCCCUGAGAAGAUUCUGGAACAUUUACUUGAAACUGUGCGUGUGGACACAGGCUACAAUGAGCCAGCAGACUCUUGUGUGAACGACUUUCUCUUAACUCACUCCGUCUUCAUGCCAACGGCCCAUCUGUGCAAUGCUCUUUUCCAUCACUACCAAGCGGAGCACACUGAAGGGUCCGAGCUGGAGAAGGCAGCAUAUUCCCUCAACAAGAAGCAGAAGGUCAUCCGCCUGGUCAGCCUGUGGGUUGCGCUGUACGGUCAGUUACUGAAGGCAGAUGCCAUCGCUCUGGACUUUUUAGAGGAGCUGGAGAAAGAAGUGAUGCACAAUUCCCGUCUAUCCACCAUGCUGAAAGAGCAGCUCCAAGAUCGCCGGAGAGUGCGGAUGCUGGAAAAUGGACAGCAGACCAUUCCACAUCCCAAGGUGCAAGACCACUUAAACUGGUUUGCCAAUUUGGAGGAGCGCAGAAGCAACAUUAAACCAAUCGGAGCUCAGGAUAUAAUUCGAUAUCAGAUUUUUAAACCAGAUCACUCCUCUGUCACAUUAUUACUUCCUGUGAAUGCUCCAGUGAAAGAGAUCUUGUCUGCUCUCCAAGCUUCAAAUGGCAACAUGAUACUAGUGAGGAUGAAUUCAGCUGGAGAAAAACACCAACUGAAGCUGGAUACCAGCAGUGUGUUCACAUCCUUGGGGGUCAAUGAGCGUCUUUUUGCCUGCUCAUCCGAGGAAGUGGAAAAAUUGAUGCCUCUGCCGGAACAACUGGGCCCCAGUAUGAGCAGUAUGGAUUUGCUGGAGCAGAUCAGCUCAAAAGAUAUCGCUUACCAGAUGAACGAAUAUAACUGGGAGCUCUAUAGCUGUGUGCACCUGGUCGAGUUUGUGUACUACAUAUUCGGAUGUCACCGUUUCCAAGGGGUCACGACCGCCAACCUAGAACGCUUUGUGAGGCAUUUUAAUGAAGUUCAGUAUUGGGUGGUCACAGAAGUAUGUCUCUGCUCUGACCCGACCAAACGAGUCCAACUGCUGAAGAAGAUCAUCAAGAUUGCCAUUAUCCUCAAGGAACAGAAAAACCUGAAUUUGUUUUUUGCUGUCAUGUUUGGGUUGAGCAACACUGCAGUUCAGAGACUUGGCAAAACAUGGGAGAGGCUUCCAAAUAAAAUGAGAAGAAUCUACUCCACUUAUGAAAGAUUGCUAGACCCUUCCCGAAAUCACAGGACCUACAGAUUGGCAGUCAGCAAGCUUAACCCUCCCUAUGUCCCGUUUAUUCCUCUACUGCUUAAAGACAUAACCUUCAUUCAUGAAGGCAACAAAACAAAUAUCGAGAACCUGGUCAACUUUGAGAAAAUGCGACUGGUUGCUAAGUCACUGAAGAUUAUGCAGGAUGGCCGAAGCCAACCAUACGUUCCCUAUUCUCACCAGAAGACCCUGGCAGAUCGAGUCUUCCCAGACACUCCAUCCGUGAGAAUAUCCACAUGUUCAGAGCAGUCACUGACUGUCCGCUGCCCCAUCAGCGUCCGCAUGUACAUCCAGAACAAGAGGAUUAUAGACAACCAGCGCACCCUGACAGAGCUGUCACGAAUGCUAGAGCCAUGAGACUGCCAACGAACAAAAGAGCCAUGCCAGCCGACCCAUCACAAGCUAGAAGAACCCAUCUGUUAAAUGGAACUCUAUAAAAAAAAAAAGAACUUUAUUCAGGAAUAAAUGCACAGUCUACAAUAAAAGGGACAAACUCCCUAAAUGCUUCCUUAUAAUUUCCAGCCUGGAGAAGCAGAUGUGGAGGGUGUUGAGCCAGCAAUAUUCUGCAUGGCUACUGCCUAGUCAUCCAAAGUAAAGCUUGAGCGGGUGUACACUAUGUGUCUCGUCGUAAUGGAUACUGCUAGCCUUUCUGUUCAAAACUCUUCCUUCUGUCAAAAUACAUCCGAGGCCUUCAGGAUCCUUAGGCUGUGUGCUUCAAAGGCAACAGUCCUAUUGAAAGAGCACCUUCCCAUCGUUGUGUAUGUAUGUGUUAUUUUAUUUAAAAAAAUAAAUAAAUAAAAAUAAGUGAAUGAGCUAGAAGUAGGUGAAGGAGGGAAGAUUCAGAGUUACAUCCUGGCAAAAUCACAAGUGGUUAUUCGUACACAGUCGGGCAUAUUAUAAGCCUUUGAUAUGCUGGUACCAUUACUUAUGAUUAUGAGGGAUUUUUGAAUCUUAUACUGAAGUAUGCAAGAUCAAGAGAAAUACAUCACGCGUAAGUCACCUCUGACCAUCCCAAACCCAAGUUAUUUUAUUUAGUAGGGCAGAUUGCAGAGUUAACUAACCACUUCAUCGAUGCUUUGUUAAACUUCCCAACUUCUUCUACUGUGCUCUCUUUCGCUUGUCUCAAAUUUUUAUUUUUUCACCUUUAUCCCUUCAACUCUUGUUUUGCUUUCCGUCUCUGCUUCCAACCUCGUAAGAGAAGGGGCCUAGAAUUGUUUAAGAGUAAGAUUGUAAGAUGAAA